GAAGCGGGAUCAGACAAUAAGAAACUGUUUCACACUAUUGAUGGUCUCCUCCAUAGGCGUCCUGAGAAAUUCUAUCCGUCAUGUGAGUCGCUCAAUGAACUGUCAACCCAAUUUAACAACUUUUUCACCAACAAAAUUGUCAAAAUUAGGGAAGAAUUAGCCAAUGAUGAAUUUGCUCUGACUCAUCUACCAGAAUUUGAUACUUCACUCCCCCCCGAGUCGGAGCUGUUUACCUUCCCACCAACCACUGUGGAUGAAUUAUCAAAUUUAAUAUAUCCCAUCGCGUCCAAAUCAUGUGUCCUUGACCCAUUACCAGCUAAAUUACUUAUUCCUCAAAUAAAUGAUCUUCUACCAGUUAUUCGUAAAAUUGUCAAUUUAUCAUUGGAAUCAGGUCAUAUGCCAUCUACUUCGAAAAAGGCAGUGUUAACGCCGACCUUAAAGAAACCUUCAUUGGAUUAUCAGGAAUUUGUUAAUUUCAGACCAAUAUCGAAUCUUAAGAUGGUUUCUAAGGUGAUUGAAAAAACCGGAGCCUCUCGUUUAAUCAGUUACCUUGACGGAAACAACCUACAUGAACCAUUCCAAUCUGCAUAUAAACGAUACCAUGGUUGUGAAACUGCUCUGAUUAGAGUACAGAACGAUAUCCUACGUGCUUUGGAUAGUCACAACUGUGUUGUACUUCUACUCCUCGAUCUCUCUUCUUCAUCUGACACAGUAGACCAUGAAUUUUUGAUUCACCGUUUAAGAACUAGAUUUGGCAUAAAAAGAAAAGCCUUGGAUUGGCUUCGAUCUUACUUGACUAAUCGCUCUCAGUUCGUGAAUAUUGAUGGUUCUAAGUCUGAAACUCACAACAUGACCUGUGGUGUUCCUCAGGGUUCUGUGCUUGGCCCAAUUUUGUAUUUACUCUAUACAUCACCCUUGGCUGAUAUUCUACGGCGUCAUAACAUGCUAUUUCAUUUCUAUGCAGAUGACACCCACUAG